UGUGGAUAAGAGCACCGGGCAGCCAUGGAAGAACUUACGGCUUUUGUAUCCAAAUCUUUUGACCAGAAAAGCAAAGAGAGCAGCAGCGGCAGUGGCAGCAGCAACAAGAAGGAGACGAUCACGUACAGGGAAGUUUUGGAGAGUGGGUUGGCUCGCUCUAGGGAGCUUGGAAACUCUGACUCUAACCUGCAGGACAUGACCGAGAGCAGCAACCAUUGCCCGGUGCAUCUUUUCAAAGACCACGUAGAGAGCGACAAGGACAAACUGAAGGAGUUCAGCACGGGCAGGAUCCCGGCAGGGAUCUACGAGUGCAAAGAGAAGAGGGAAGAUGUGAAGUCAGAAGAUGAAGAUGGACAGACCAAGCUCAAACAAAGGAGAAGCAGAACCAAUUUCACACUAGAGCAGCUGAAUGAGCUGGAAAGACUUUUUGAUGAGACUCACUAUCCGGAUGCCUUCAUGAGGGAGGAACUAAGCCAGAGGCUGGGACUGUCUGAAGCUAGGGUUCAGGUCUUCAUCGUUUCCAAGCCCAGCUCGGGAGAGAGCAGACGGUCCGGUCGCUCAGGGGCCAGACCCCGGGGUCUGACCUGGCCCGCGCUGGCUGGCCCCGGGGUGUUUGAGGUGUGA